GCACACUUCACCAGACAUCAGCACAGCCAUGCUACCUCCUGCCGACACUUUAACCUGGGGGCCCCCCAGGCUCCCAUCUCAGCCGAGUUCCCCGUGGGUCAUGCCAGUCAGCCUCCCCAGACUGGCCUGGCCCCCCACCACCCUCCGCCCCUGACGGCCCUGCCGGCCCCCCCUCAGUUCCAGGACAUCCCGGGGCCCCCGUUCCUACCUCAGGCCUUACACCAGCAAUACCUCAUCCAGCAGCAGCUUCUAGAGGCGCAGCACCGCAGGAUCCUCCCACACUCCAGGUACAACCACCCACUUUUUUAAGCUCACUCGCCUAGACACGUGCGUGCACACACACACACUUUAGAUGCUCACUUAGACACACACUUUGAUAUGCUUUGUCGCUCCCUCUUUCUCACACACACACACACACACACACACAAAUGAACAGACACUAGAACACUACAGCCCCUCCAAUUUCCAAAUACUAAUGGAUGUAAAUGACUCCUCCGUGCAGACGAACACCGGAGCGCGUUCCUCUGAACCCUCACAGGCUGCGCUCUGGGUAUGACUACUCCCCUCCACUCCACGUUCCCCAGCCAAUCAGCCAGCAGCCGCGCUACCUGGCCGAGGGCACAGACUGGUGAGUCACUGUUUGAAAUGAAAGUGGGAGCCGUGGAGAAGAUAAGUCAGUGUUCCAUCCCCGCGUCUGUCUGGCAUUAGUGUUGUUGUUGAUUUAGCAUUUACCUCUCCACCUGCCUGUAGGGAGCACCUCAGGAGUGUUUAUGGCUUCCGGUAUAAGUUACUAAUAAGAACGGAUCUAUUAUUAGCAUACCCAUUCCAAAUCCCAACCUUAACCAUUUGUGAGAUAAAUGCUAAACUGACCAUAGACCAUAGCUAAACUGUCGCGCCGUUCUUGAUUUCUUGUAUUUUUUGUAUUUUUUCCCCCUUACAUUUUAAGUGUUUGACAUUUUACUGCAUUGUUAGGAGCUAGUAACAUGAGCAUUUCGCUGCACCUGCUAUUACACCUGCUAAACUGUGUACGCGACCAAUAAACUUUGAUUUGAUCAUUGUUCAUCUCUUAGACUUCAAUGGGAGUAGGUCCGCAAAGCGCAAGCAUUUUUGCAAGCGGCGAGCUUUGGAAACCUCGCUCCCAUGAGCUGCGCCCCUGGCUCGACGCUUGAGGCGCCAAAAUAUGAAAUUAGCUGAAGUCUUGAGUGGCCGCCGCGCAUGGUUGACCAAUGAGCAGAGUACAUCUUGUCAAACAAUCAAACAAUGUUUUAAUGACAACAUUCGAGCUGACAACAACCGGGACCUGGUCUCCACAAACAGUAGGCAGAUUUUCUUGCGGUUCAAUUGCUAUUUAUCGCAGCCCGUCUGUAAUCGCCUUCAUAUUCUGUGUUGAUGUUAAUCUAGGUCUCUCUCUCUCUCUGUCCCUCUGUUCGUAGGGACCUCAGUGUGGACGCUGGCCUCUCUCACCAUCAGUACCAGCUCCAGCAGCUUCCACAGCACUAUCAGCAUUACCUGGCCUCAUCCCCUAGAAUGCACCACUUUCCCAGGAACACCACCUCUGCACAAGUGGUACGUCCAUGACUUGGCUGUUUUGGUCUGUCUCUGCUUUGUUGUAGUUUAUUUUUAUUUUUAUGUCUAUGUUGAUUGUUUAGUGUCUUUGUAGAUCUCUGCUUUAGGUUUUUUAAAGACUGUGCUGCCUGUUUUGGGGUCUAGGUUGGUGGUUUGAUGUCUGUCUGUUUCUGUUAACAUCUUUUGUUUGGUGUCUGUCUUGCUGUUUUAUUAGGUUUAGGUUUUUGAUUGACUUCUGUCCCGUGCUGUAUGUUUAGUCAUAUCUUACGAUGUUCUGUGGAUGACUAAAGUGUUUAGUUUUUUUCGACAGGUUGUACACGAGAUCAGAAACUAUCCGUACCCCCAGCUCCACCUGUUGGCUCUACAGGGCCUCAACCCCUCACGCCAUGCUUCGGCUGUACGAGAGAGCUAUGAGGUAAACGUCCAUCUCUAGAUGUAUCCUGUCCUAUUCUGUUUUACCUAUAGUUGUAUUCUAUAUCAGUAAUUACUAGUGUUAUACCUGUGUACUAUACAUGUUUUUAACAAUUAAGCUUUAAUGGCAAGGCCUUAUCUGUUCUAUAUCCCUGUUGUAUAUCCCGUUACCAGUGCACUUGUAAUUGCAAAUGUCUAGUGAAGUCCUGUCAAAAGCCUUGUUCUCCUGUGCCCUAGGAGCUGUUGCAGCUUGAAGACAGGCUGGGAAGUGUCAGUAGAGGGGCAGUUCAGACCACCAUAGAGAGAUUCACCUUCCCACACAAAUACAAGAAGGUGAGGAGGCAGCUCUUUGAGCUACAAAUAUACACACAAGUGGGGCUAUAAUUGCAAAUGUAACCAGUGGGAAUUGAAUGUGUUAACCAUUAGACCAAGAAGACAUCCUCAAGGUCUGAGGGCUUACAAGUCUCAGACAGGGCUACCUCACCACUAAAGCAUGAUUCCAAAUCACCUCAACUACAAAAACUCAUCAUAGAUACACAAGCACAGGUUAGCAUUCUGUGUGGUAUGAUAUGGUACUGUAUACAAACUCAAAGUUUAAAAAAAGCAAUGUCGCUUACUUCUGAAGCCUUUUGUCUCUUUAAAAACUCUUGAGCACCGAUGACCCCAUCUGAUUCUAAUCUGGAUAUGUCAUUUGAUUGGUCCACAGAGAAAGCCUCUGGAGAUGAAGGUUGGUGAGAAAGAGGAGGAGACUGAUGUGGAUGAGAAAUGUACCAUCUGCCUAUCCAUGCUGGAGGAUGCAGAGGAUGUCAGGUAAUGACUGUCAGGACCCUCCAAAUAAUGACUAUUGUCUGCAGCUGAUGUGCUCCCAAAGGUGAUUUGUUGUGUCCAUUUCUGCGUCUCGUCAUUCAAAUAACCUUUGGGAGCAUAUCAAAUCUGCAGAAGGAACCCCCUGAAACUGUGCGAUGUGCAUACUGUACAUUUUCUCUUUUCAGUAUGUGUGAAUUGAUGACCAGAUGAUUUACCUUCCUUCCUUUCUCCCCCGUCCAGGCGGUUACCCUGCAUGCACCUCUUCCACCAGGGCUGUGUGGACCAGUGGCUGGCGACCAGCAGGAAGUGUCCAAUCUGCCGCGUGGACAUCGAGACGCAGCUCCAUCCCGACAGCUGAUUGGCCCGGGGGUGAAGCCUGACGGCCUGGCUGCUGUCAAUCACCCUGGUGUGUUUCCUGCUCCCCUCCACCCCGGCCCUGGUCCCUCCCCACACGGGUGCUUUGCCAAAUGUCUCCAGACGUCAUGUGACAUCAUCACCCUCUCUGACUCACGCUUUACUGAGCCAACCCAGGAUUACUUACUGCACGAGAGAAUGGAGUCUCUCUCUCUCUCUCUCUCAAUAAAAGCACAUCCCCGGCAAAAAGACAAGCAAACACACUCACACAUACAUACUCUAUACACACGCACAGGGUUUACUAGUUGCUUGCUGGAGGUGGGGUGUUGUUGCUGUCGUGUUGUUGUAGGUAGGGGAGGCAGGUGUUUGUCCUGUUUCCUGUGUCUUUGUAGCAUGUUCUUAAAGCCAUGACAUUAAUGUACUGAGUGAAAAACACACAACCCCACUUGCCAGCCGGCCACACACUCAAAACACACACCCCCACACACCUUGCUUAUUCUGCCACAACAGGAAUCUAAAUCAACCACGUAAAAGCCCUGUCGCCAUGUUUGCCGACAGAUCAUUUGUGGUAGUACAGUAGCGGUAUCAGACAGUGGUAUGUAUGCAAUACAGUAGUUCUACAUUUGCUUGGGACUGAUGCUGUCAUCAGUGUUGGGACAUAAUAUGACUAUUUCACUGCUGCAAUGUCGGCCUGCCCCAAUGCAUGGGUUGGCGUGUGUUUGAGUAAAUACACAGGUUAGUGAGUGUUUAACCAAAUGAGUUAUGGUAUCGCUUGACCUGCUGCAGCACGGGUUAAUGUGUGUGUUCUGCCCCAGUGUGUGGGUUUCAGUGUGUAUUUAACCAAUGCGUGAUCGUGUGUGACAAACUUAAAGUGCGGGUUCAAGUGUGUAUCAAAGGUUAAAGGGGAAUAUAGUAGUUAGAUUAAUGGUGGUUUGAUUGGCGUGCUUGUAGAAUACAAAGCCAAAUAAGGACUUUAAAAAAUGCAAAAAAGAAAUGUAGUAAGACCCAAUCCCCUAUCAUGCACUGCAGUGACUGGGUGAGGUGUGGGGCAUUCUGGGUAUGCAGGAGGGUUAGCUGCCCUGGAAACAGCGACUCUGUGCCAUCCCCUCCUGGCGCAGGUGUUAUGGCUGAGCAGUGUAGUGAAAUGCAUGUUUCAAUGUUGGCUUGGGCUGUUGUGUUAGCGUCAAAAAAAAAUAUAUAGGAAGAGCAAGGGAGGGGGUUGUGUGUGCAUGACUUAGUUCAUCUGAGCUGUGACUAUCUUUCUCAACACUAACAAAGAAAAAAAUACUGAGCACGAUGUCAGUGGCUGUCCCUGACCUGUAGCGUGUGUUCAUCCUGUCCCUUUUUGGUGGCAAACAAAAUGGAAUCCUAUUGUGACGUUUACCUUAUUGCCUAAAGAACAAGCACAUGUGAUGAUAGAUAUAGCAACAACCUCUUUCUUUGGUAUUGCAUUUGCGUUGGUUUCUGUAUAUUUAGGUAUAUAAACACGCAGUGUUUUGGACCGAGUGAGGAGCUUAGUUGUUAAAUUUGUGUUUUUGUGUGACAGAUCUCCCCUCGUGGUUGCUAUGCUGGUUUCUAUGCUGUAUUGCUAGAACAACAAUGUAGAAUGUUGUGUGAUGGGGGCAGUAUCCACAGUGUGCACACAGACAGGGCUGGAGGCGGGUAAAAUAAGGGUCAUAGAAUACUUUUAUUGUAAAAAAAAAAAACUUUAUUAAGUAUUUAAAUGUUGAUAUUUCCUUUUGAAUGUUGAUAUUUCCUUUUGAUCUGUUGCUCUGUUAUGUCUAAGUCAAUGUGCGUAAACACUACAUAGCAGUGCCAAUCCUUAAAAACCUUUCUGUCAUAUGCAUUGAGGACUCAGUAUUGAAGCAUUAGGAAAAAUUAAAUCGCCCUGCGGACUUAAGGAUGAGUUGUGAAGGAUUGGGACAGACCCUUACUGUCCUGUGCACUGCCAGUGUU